CUCGAGUCUGCGAAGUUGAAGAUGGAUAAGACACAGGAAGUCGAUCCCAGGGGAUCGCAGGUGCAUCAUGUAGAUCCUGCAUUGGAUCCUGAGAAUCAGCAUCACCAUGCUCAUCAUCACCACACUGCCUUCGCCGAAAAGGGACGUGAGGAUGAAGUGAUCUACACCAAGGAUGUGCCAUUUGAGAAAGGCCCGGAGCCAACACCUCUGGAACAGAGCAGCAAAAACUCCGACGAAGAAGCCGGCGAGAACCUCCCAGCCCAGCGUACCUGGUAUCGCCGUGUGGGAAGACAAUGGAGACAUAUGGUCCAUGCUGUGGUCUGGCUUCUGUUUACUGGCUGGUGGAUUGCCGGCCUAAUCCUACACAGACAUGAUAUCGGAUGGCUCAAACCAUUCCUACUCUGGCUUGCCAUCACCCUACGAAUCAUUUUCUUUUAUGUUCCCAUUACUAUAAUCUCAAAGCCCAUGCACUGGGUCUGGGAGCGCACUGCUCAUCCUUUCGUACGCUUGAUCCCCGAGAAGCUCAGAACACCCGCUGCUGCCCUGCUUUGCAUCGGUGUGAUCCUUAUCGGCGCAUUUGCGUCUGAAGAGUCCCUGGAUAACACCCGCAAAAACCGUGCCGUCAGUCUGUUCGGAAUGAUAGUCUGCAUCUUUGGGCUAUGGGCAACAUCUCGAAACCGCAAGAAGAUCAUCUGGCACACGGUCAUUGUCGGCAUGCUGGCGCAAUUCAUUAUUGCCCUGUUCGUGCUCCGCACCACUGCAGGCUACGAUAUCUUCAACUUCAUCUCGGAAUUAGCCCGUGACUUGCUUGGUUUUGCUGCCGACGGAGUCAUCUUCUUGACCAGCAAUGAUUUCUACAACUUUGGUGACGGAUUCCACCCAUCACAAUUUUUCCUUAUCACUGUCUGCGCCGCCAUCGUUUUCUUCGUCGCCUUCGUCCAGCUUCUAUACCACUGGAAGGUCGUGCAGUGGUUCAUCGGCAAGUUCGCCGUCUUCUUCCACUGGAGUAUGCGGGUUUCUGGUGCCGAAGCCGUCGUCGCCGCCGCAUCCCCCUUCAUCGGCCAGGGUGAAUCAGCCAUGCUGAUCCGUCCUUUCGUCGCCCAUCUUACCAUGGCAGAGCUGCACCAGAUCAUGUGCUCCGGCUUCGCCACCAUCGCAGGAAGCGUCCUGAUCGCCUAUAUCAGUAUCGGUGUUAACCCACAGGCAAUGGUCAGCGCCUGUGUCAUGAGCAUUCCCGCCUCACUGGCAGUCUCGAAGAUGCGCUGGCCCGAAGAGGAAGAGACCCUCACUGCAGGUCGAGUCGUUAUUCCCGACGAUGAGCAGCACCAGGCCGCUAAUUCUCUUCACGCAUUCACCAACGGAACCUGGCUCGGUCUGAAGAUUGCUGCCAUGAUUACAUCAACCCUCCUGUGUAUCAUUGCUCUCGUCGGUCUCGUUAACGGUCUUCUCACCUGGUGGGGCCGAUACCUGAACAUCAACGACCCCCCACUGACCCUCGAGCUGAUCGUCGGAUACAUCUGCUACCCUAUUGCCUUCCUGCUCGGCGUCUCCCGCGACGGGGACCUGCUGUUGGUCGGCAAGCUGAUUGGUACCAAGCUUGUUACCAACGAGUUCGUCGCCUACGAUGCCCUCCAGCAUAACGCCGAGUAUGCAGUUCUUUCGGACCGCUCUCGCCUCAUCGUUACAUACGCACUCUGUGGAUUCGCCAACAUCGGCUCCCUCGGUAACCAGAUUGGUGUCCUAUCGCAGCUCGCCCCUGGUCGGGCUAAUGAUGUCUCGCGUGUCGCUGUCAGCGCUAUGAUAACUGGAGCUAUCAGUACUUUCACUAGUGCAACGGUUGCUGGCUUGUUGAUUACCAAUGAGAAGCAAUACUUCGCUGCCACCCCCGCCGCCUAG